AUGGCCGGCGGAGCCAAGAAGCCAGUUAACAUCUUUCGCCUGAAAGACCUCGGCGAGCCCAAACAGGUCUUCAAUUGGCGACUAUGGUUUGCUGUCAUUUCCUUCGGCCUGAUGGGUGCGGCCCGUGGUGUUGAUGAAGGUCUCAUCUCCGGCGCAUUCAAUUCUAAAGAUUUCCAAAAAUACAUCAAUUACGAUUCAUACAGCGACGUUGAACAGACCAACAUCAAGGGCAAUGUCACCGCCAUGGUUCAAAUUGGAUCCGUGGGAGGUGCUCUUUUUGCCUUCAUGGUUUGCGAUCGCAUUGGUCGUCUUUGGGCUACUCGCCAACUGUGUGUGCUUUGGAUCAUUGGAAUUGCCAUCUUCAUGGGUAACGGAGGCAGUCUUGGUGCUGUCUAUGCGGGUCGCUUCAUUGCCGGUCUCGGUGUUGGUCAAACGGUCGUGGUGGCACCCGUAUAUCUUGCUGAAAUCGCCCCUGCUUCUAUUCGUGGUCUCUGUACUUGUGUCUUCACAGGUUUUGUCUAUCUCGGUAUUGUUUUGGCAUACUUCGCCAACUACGGCUGCGAGCUGAACCUUGGUGACGCCACUCACAACCGAUGGCUCGUUCCCACUAGUCUGCACAUCAUCUUUGCGGGCUUGAUCUUCCUCCUCUCCUUCCUCCAGCACGAAUCUCCCCGCUAUCUGGUCAAACGUGGCCAGCUCGACAAGGCGAUUUCCAAUCUCUCCAAGAUCCGUGGUCUUCCUGCCGAUGAUGAGUACGUCUCACGCGAGAUCAGCACAAUCCAAACCACACAUGAGGCUGAGAUGGAGGCCACAAUGGGAUCCGGUCCCCUUGGUGUGAUCAAGGAGACCUUCAUGGUCCCCUCCAACCUUUACCGAGUCUACCUCACCUUCAUGGCCCAGCUCCUCUCACAAUGGUCCGGUGCUGGCAGUAUUACCGUCUAUGCGCCGGAUCUCUUCAAAUUGCUCGGUGUCACGGGAAAGAAUGAAAGCUUGCUCGUCACUGCUGUGUUUGGUAUUAUCAAGUUGAUUGCCGCGAUUCUCUGUGCCCUGUUCUUGGUCGAUGUUAUCGGACGUAAGCGUGCCCUCUUGCUCGGUAUCACUCUCCAGGGUAUUGCCAUGCUGUAUAUCGCUGGCUUCCUGACCGCAGUGCCUGAUAUGGGAGUUGUCGAUGACUUUGUGCUUCCAGAGGCAAAGAAGGGUGCCAGCGAAGGUGCCAUUGCUAUGAUCUACAUCUCUGGAUUCGGAUGGGCCCUGGGCUGGAACUCGAUGCAGUACCUCCUGACCGCCGAGCUCUUCCCUCUCCGCAUUCGUGCCUUCUGUACCUCCAUGGCCAUGACCCUUCACUUUGCCAAUCAAUAUGGCAAUGCCCGUGCCGUUCCCAACAUGCUCCUCCCCGUGGCCAAGGGCGGAAUUGACCCUAAGGGCACUUUCUGGUGCUUUGCCGCCAUCACCGUUGUCGGUGGUAUCUGGGUUUGGUUCAGUAUUCCUGAGACGGCCGGUCGCUCCUUGGAGAGCAUGGACCGGCUCUUCGCUCUGCCGUGGUACAAGAUUGGCCGCUACGGUAACAAGGAUGCCGAUGAACGGGAUCAGUUUGUGGAUGAGAAGAUGGAAAUGGCAGUGCAGUCCCACGGCACUGCUGAGCAUGUUGAAACUCACCGGGAUCCCUCUGGUCGUGUUUGA